AUGGUCGGCCACGGCGUCACAGGGAUGCUUGGGGAAGAGGUCAACCUAGGUACCUCGAUUAUGGCUAUCAACUUCAAGGACGGUGUUAUCCUGGGAGCAGAUAGUCGGACAACUACUGGAGCUUACAUCGCCAACCGAGUCACCGAUAAACUCACACAGGUCCACGAUACCAUCUGGUGCUGUCGAUCGGGAUCUGCGGCGGACACACAGGCUGUUGCAGACAUUGUCUCCUAUCAUCUCAACAUGUACGGCAUCGUGAACAAUGAGCCUCCCAGCACCCAGGUGGCCGCAGCUCUAUUCCAGGAGUUGUGCUAUGAGAACAAGGAUAUGCUAAGUGCUGGUAUCAUCAUCGCAGGAUACGACCCACGCCAUGGCGGUCAGGUGUACUCGAUACCUUUGGGCGGGUCUCUACACAAGCAACCCUACGCCAUUGGCGGGUCAGGAUCAACUUAUAUCUACGGUUAUUGCGAUGCUCACUGGAAGGAGAACAUGACGGAAGAAGAAGGCAUCAAAUUCGUGCGUGACGCCUUGCAGGAGGCGAUCAAGUGGGAUGGCAGCUCCGGAGGUGUGAUUCGAUUGGUGGUGCUGACGUCUAGGGGAUCUGAAAGACAUUUGUAUUUGCCAGACACGGAGUACACUGGACCCGGCUUAACCAACAGAUCAUGA